AUGUCAUCCAAAACAUCCAUUGAUUCCAACAGAACCAAAGAGUUGAAAGAGUUCGACGACACAAAAGCCGGUGUAAAAGGAUUCGUCGACGCCGGAAUACUCAACAUCACCAAGAUCUUCAGUCGACCAGCCGAGGACCUUGCCGCCGACGAAUCGAAUUCCAGCCAGAAAACCGAUAUCGAAGUCCCGAUCAUAGAUUUAAGCGGCAUCAGAGACGAAAACUGGCUUAAGGAGAUCGUAAACGAGGUGAGGGUUGCAUCAGAGGAAUGGGGUUUCUUCCAAGUUAUAAACCAUGGGAUCCCUACAAGUGUUUUGGAUGACAUGAUUGAAGGGAUACGUUUGUUUAAUGAACAAGACUUGGAGUUGAAGAAAGAGGUGUAUAGCCGUGACAGAGCAAAGAAGGUUAAAUUCAACACUAAUUUUGAUCUGUUUGCUUCGAAAACAGCUGAUUGGAGGGGCACUUUGACCCUUUCUUUCCUUGAUUCUGAUCCUGACCCUUCAGCUAUGCCACAAGUCUGCAGAGGAUCAACAGUUGAAUAUAUUAAGCAUACGAAAAGAUUGGCAGAAACUUUAUUCCAGCUUCUCUCGGAGGCUCUCGGUCUUCAACUGGACCGCCUUAGUUCGAUCGGAUGUUGUAAACGGCAUAGCUUACACGCUCAUUACUAUCCGCUUUGCCCUCAGCCUGAACUCACUUUAGGUGUGAAGAAACAUGCAGAUGGUAGCAUAUUGACAUUGCUUCUGCAGAACCAUAUAAGCGGUCUCCAAGUCUUACACGAUGACCAAUGGUUUGAUGUCCGUCCCACUCGAGGUGGCUUGGUAAUAAUCAUCGGAGAUCUUCUUCAGAUACUGUCAAAUGAUAAAUUCAAGAGUGUGAAGGAUAGAGCAAUAGCCAAUCGUGUCGGACUGAGAAUUAUGGUGCCGUGCUUCUUCUCCGGAUACGAUAGCUUGCUUGACAAGUCAUUCGGGCCGAUCGAAGAGCUGAUCUCGGAGGCGAAUCCUCCGAGAUACAAAGAAUUCUUGCUGAGGGAUUAUAUUGCCAAAUUUUUAUCUAGCUCACUUGACAACAAGGCUUCUAUAGAUUACUACAAGCUGCGAUUUGAUUGA